UCACGCUAUAUAAGGAUGUCGGAACAGAACAGCUCAUAGUACGUCGAUCGUAAGAGAACGCACGGCCAAGAAGUCGAUGAUGACAUUCGCGAAAUCUUCGCUGAUCACCUGCCUGUUCGGUAUUUUACUUUGGGAGAUUCAUGGACAAGGCAUAAUGGUCGAUCCCAUUAGCAGAAGCAGCGCCUGGCGCAAAGGAUUCCCCGUUCAAGUGAAUGUCAACGACCAUGAGCUUUCCUGCGGAGGACCGACCGUUCAGUUCACGCAAAAUAAUGCAUUGUGUGGAGCAUGCGGUGACGAUUACGCUAUGCCACAACCUAGACCAAAUGAAAACGGUGGACUUUAUGGAACCGGUGUGAUCGUCCAAAGGUACAAAGUAAGCGACGCCGUCAUCAACGUAACGGUGAAACUGAUUACCAACGACCUGGGAAGCUUCAAAUUCGAUUUGUGCCCCUUGGAAGGACCGAACGAUCUCGAGACCGAGACGUGUUUCAAUCGAUAUCCGCUUAGGUUGAACGAAGAAAGCACGUUUUUGCUACCAGAUUAUCAAACGGACUUCUACCUAUCGGUCCAGCUGCCACUGAAUUUUACCUGCGAACAUUGUGUGUUUAGGUGGACUUAUGAAAUCGGAAACCACGUUGGUCGAUGUAAUACAUAUCAAAACUUACCAGGAUGUGGAUUUCAAAAGACAUUCAGAAAUUGCGCCGAUAUCGCGAUCUCUUUCUGAGAUCUGAUUACUCCUGCUGGUCGGUAACACGUGUACCUUCGUUACGUAGAUUAAGUUAGAGAGUAACUGUCCAAUUAAUCGAAGAAGUUUUCUUCUUUCGUCUGGUCUAUAAGCACAUCUAAAAAUAUUUAAAAAGGAUUCGGCAGAAAUGUCAGGAUAGUUACGAUAAUAGAGUUAAGAUCAGCUAGGAAUCGAAGUACACCUUAUAAUUAAAAUUAAUAAGAAUACACGUGUGCAGGAAAACAAGAGAA